AGCUUCAGCAACUUCACUCAGAAAUCAAUCACCUCUUGCAUACCUUCCUACAAACUCUAAGCAAUCAAGAGAGAUCGAGAUGGCACUCUCAAAGACUUUCCUUCUUGUCGCCCUCGCCUUCGCUGUUCUCCUCAUCUCUGCUGAGGUCUCGGCUCAUCGUGACCUAGCUGAGACUACCACUACUACUCAAAAAGCCAACACUGACGGUUACCACGGACACGAUCAUGGACAUGGCGGCCAUGGAGGACAUGGUGGACACGGAGGACAUGGUGGACACGGAGGUCAUGGAGGACAUGGACCUCAUGCUGUUGAGACUGAAACUGAGAACUAGAUGGUGACGACCCUUUGUAUGCAUGCAGUUGUGUGUAUAUUGCACUAUUGCAAGCGUACGUACCUGAUGUAAGGGUAUUAAUAUUAGUAGCUUGUUUGGUAAUUAAUAAUAAGUAUGUAUUGGUUGAGCAGUCCACCAAACUCUCAAUCGAUCAUAUCUUUGUAAUUCAAUCCUCGCAUCUUCAUGUUAUGAACUAUAUAUGAUCCACUUAAAUUAGCUGAA